GUUUAAAAGCAAGAAGUAAAAAUAAAAAAAACGGAAGAAUUUUUGUUGUUGAGAAACAGAGGAAGAGCAGACAAGAAAGGAAAGCAAAAGAAAAUAAGAAAAGAAAAGGGGUGAAAAGAAAAAUAAUACAAAAACACACAAGUGCAUCCCACGCGUCACAGGUCCGAGUCCGAAAACAAGACGGAAGUGCUUUUGCUCUGCUGCUCUGCUUCUUCUUCAUUAUUAUCGUCAUAUGCUCAUCUCCUUCGUUUGCUGCUGCCGCCGCCGCUGCCAUCUAAUACACUUACAUAGGAAGGAAGGAUUACAAGUUAACAUAUCUUACGUAGUCGCUGCUGCUGCUGCACAGUGCUUUUGCAGUUAAACAACGCUUGGCGAUUGUGUCAGAGAGCCCCCCACAACCCGUACACCUACAAAACCAAACCAAACACACACACAUGCACACAUCAUACUUGUAAGAGCGAGCGACAAAGAGAGGAAAAAGUAAAAUCAAAUAACAACGCAUUCUGGAUCUGGACAUAUCCGCUUCCGCGUUGAGCGUUGUCGCUAAAAAGCUUAAAGAACAGACAACGACGACGACUCUACAUAAACACACGCACACAUAGACACACAUACAUACAUCCAUAUGUACGUCACCCUGCACAGUGGAGCAGACUAGAUCUGAUAGAAGCAUAUAUAUAUACAUAUAAUUGAUCUCGUGGCUUCACUUUGCUGAUCCAUCUAUAUCCAUCCAUUUAAACCAGGAUAGGACAUUUAUUUCUACAAACUGUCGCUGCAUGUCCAAAAUGAAAAUGCUUCCUGUACAGUUAUCGUUGAAUCAUCCAAUCAAUCCAAAUAUCUGGAGUGAAGUUUUAUGGCGUUGUCCGCCAGCCCCAUCCAGUCAGUUGGCCGAACUGAAAACACAAUUACCACAAUCGCUACCCUCAGAUCCACGUCUAUGGAGUCGCGAUGAUGUUUUGGUCUUUUUGCGCUUCUGUGUGCGUGAAUUUGAUCUGCCCAAACUGGAUUUUGAUCUCUUUCAAAUGAAUGGCAAGGCAUUGUGCCUGCUGACACGUGCAGAUUUCGGACAUCGGUGUCCCGGAGCCGGAGAUGUCCUGCAUAAUGUACUACAGAUGCUGAUCAUUGAGUCGCAUAUGAUGCAAUGGCAUUUGCCCAACAGUCCGGUGACACCGACAAGCCGUUAUCCACUAUCACCGCACAGCCAUCCGCCGACACCGACAUGGCCACCAUUAAAUGCCCCGCCAGAGAGCAGUCCGUUCCACAAUACAGCAUCCCAUAUGGCAGGACAUCAUUUUAUGGCACCCAAUUCGGUUACACUGAGUCCACCACCAUCGGUUGAUUCACAGGCCAGCAGUCCGCCACAGGCAGCGUAUCAAAAUGGAGUUGGCUCUGCUCCUGGUUCAGCUGCUGCGUCUAAUACAUCCGCUUCUGCUAAUGCCGCCGCAGCACCUGCUUCGUCAUCGUCGUCUAGCAGUACGACCAGCACGAGUUCCGUGCUUGCCAUGCCCAUGAAGGGCAUUAGCAGUGCCAGCAGCAAUCACUCUGAUUCCGAGGAAGAAUACUCCGAGUCAGCUGGUAGCCAGAAAUUGCCGCCCGCCCCUCUAUCCGUCUACAGUGCGGGCAGUCCGCCAGGUACACCCAUACACAAGGAUAUCAAACCGAAUUGGACAAAUAGUUUUGUCAACUCGUGGUCCCAGCAACAACAAGCUGCUGCAGCAGCUGCAGCCGCAGCGGCAGCCGUUCAAGUCCAACAGCAGCAGCAACAGGUUCAACAACAACAACAGCAGCAGCAUCAACAGCAGCAGCCACAGAAGCUAACGCUUGACAAUGCUGGUGGUCCAAUUGUGGCCCCCGCCGGUGGUUCGAUCUCAGCUCCCACCACACCCAGUUAUAUGUACAAAGCAAAACGGGAAUUCUUUCCAGAGAACUCGGAACCCAAUACAAAUGGUCGUUUGCUGUGGGACUUUUUGCAACAGUUGCUGAAUGAUCGCAAUCAAAAGUAUAGCGAUUUGAUUGCUUGGAAAUGCCGCGACACUGGCGUCUUUAAGAUUGUCGAUCCGGCUGGCCUGGCCAAACUCUGGGGUAUACAAAAGAAUCAUCUAUCGAUGAAUUAUGACAAAAUGUCGCGGGCCUUGCGCUAUUAUUAUCGUGUCAAUAUAUUGCGUAAAGUACAGGGCGAGCGUCAUUGCUAUCAGUUCCUGCGUAAUCCCACAGAGCUGAAAAAUAUUAAGAAUAUCUCGCUGUUACGUCAAACGACGCCCACUAAUGGUGCUGGUGCUGCCGGAGGAGGAUCAUCAUCAACGUUGUCCACACAACAGGCCAAUAAUCAAGCUGCUGGACCACCCAGUAGUCCAGCAGGUCAGAACUGGAGCCAACAGCAGCAACAUCAACAGCAGCAGCAACAACAACAACAACAUCAGCAAUCACCCCAACGUCCUGCCUCGAGGAAUGGACCAAUGAGUCUGCCCGCUGUUGCAGCCGCCGCUGUGGCUGCUGCUGCUGCUUAUGGUCUGCCACCCACAUCGCCGCCCUUCAUGCAUGCCAUCAAUGGAGCCUUCCAUUAUCUGUCCGCCAAUGCAGCAGCUGCUGCUGCCUCAGUCCCGCCACCAAAUUCCCCAGCUUUGAACACACCCGGCUCAGUGGGUCCGGAUAAAUUUCAAUUUCAUCCAUUGAAAAUGGAAAAUGGCGGCGGUUCAUCUGGUUCGGAAUCGGCCGGUGAGGAUCUCAAGCCCACAGACUUAAGUGUGAGCAGUAAAAGUGCCAGCAGCAAUGAGGACUGCUAUCCGCUGAUACGUAAUGCUGAUGGCCUAACCACUAUUAAGCUGAUACGUUACAAUGAUCCAACGCCGCCCGCCGAGCCACAAACAUCAGCGAUGUUAUCGCCCAAGCCAGAAGUCCAUCAUGAACAACAAAUGCCCACGGCUUGUAACUCACCCAAGCCUAUGGAUGAUCAGCAUUCAGCCGGAACUCCACCACAACAUAUGCCCAUGGAAAGUGAUUGCCAAGGUGGCGGAGAAACGGAAGAGGCGCCAUUGGCCUAUCGACAUAUGCGUCAAUAGAGAUGCCAAUCCUCUGUCAAAACUGCCUCCCUUCCCCCCCAAGCACACACUCUCUCUCACACACACACACACAAAUUUACCUGAU